AUGGAUUAUCAAAACAGAAUAGGGUCCAAAAAAGGUGGUGGUGGUGUCGCCAGUGCAAGUGAAUCAAACAGUUAUAGAAGAGAACGUAUCAAAAAACUAGUAUCAAAUCAAAUUGAUUUAGAUAAUGAUCCAUAUGUUUUCAAAAAUCAUUUAGGUUUACUUGAGUGUAGAUUAUGUCUUACUACUCAUAAUAAUCCAGAAUCUUUCUUAUCACAUUCACAAGGAAGGAAACAUCAAUUGAAUUUACAAAAAAGAUCUAUAUUGGAGAAUAAACAUCAACAACAACAAGAUCAUCAAGGUAUAAGUAUAUCAAAUAUAAAUAAAAUAUCAAAGGGGAAUAAGAUUGGGAAACCUGGUUAUAAAGUUAUGAAAAUUCGUCAUCCUAUUUCACUUGAGAUUGGAUUAUUAAUUAAAAUUAAUUAUUUACAAAUAUCCCCAGGAGAUUCACCAAAUUAUAGAUUUAUGAAUACUUUUGAACAAAAUAUUGAUUUGAGUAAAAAUUCAAAUUAUCAAUACUUGGUGAUUAAUGCUGAUCCUUAUGAAAAUAUUGCAUUUAAAAUUCCAUCAAAAGAAAUAUAUAGUGAAAGAACAACUAGUGAUAAUGAUGAUAAUGAUAAAUUCUGGACUUUUUGGGAUAAAGAUACAAAAGAAUUUUAUAUACAAUUUUUCUAUAAAAAUAUAACAUAA